AUGGAACAAGUUAACUGGCGCGUUGGGUCUGGCUCAACACCCACAAAAAACACUGGUCCGGAUUAUGACCACACCACAUUUCUACCUGAAGGUUCUUGGUCUGAGUGAUACUAAGUCUUAAGCACUUCAGUUUUCUCUUCGUAUUCCCUCUUGGAAAGGCCCCACCAAGUGCCACAAACCAUCUCAUGAACGGCAAGCUGCACUAAGUUUAUAUUUGAAAAAAAUUAAAAUUGUUAUACAACAAUAUUAGAAACAAAGCAAUAAAGAAAAUGCUAAAAGUAACGAAUAGUUCUUACUGUAAAUGAUGGGCUGAUACAUCAACUGAACUUGACAGCUGUUCCAAACUAAACGUUCUUAUUAUGUCAACGUGUAAAAGACAAAAGCUUUGAUAAGAUUUCUGGUGCACUUGGUUUGACUCUUUAGUCUUUUUUUCUUUCUAAGUUUAAUUAUGUAUUUAUUUCUGUUAUUCCUUUUUAUUUAUCUAAUUAUCUAUAAAGGAAAAUACCUAUUUCUGGAAGCAUCGGAGCAGAAGGCAGGUGAGGGAGCCAUACUGGUCAGUAGUAUAAUUGGUCCUGGUAAAUCUAUUUGUGUACAGUUUUGGUAUCACACGAAAGGAAAGGAUGUCGGAAGCUUGAAAGUCUACAUUCAAACAAAUCAAACAAAAACGCUGGUUUGGAAUACGACUGGUGAACAAGGUGACAAAUGGAACUUUGGACAAGUUGGAUACAAAGGCGGCUUGAAGAACUACAAGGUAGGGGUAAUAUUGCAACAAAUAACUUUAAGUUAAUAACUGUUCUAAAAAUUGCUAUCCAUACUAAUGGUGAUCUUUUAUUACCGAGAUUUGACAAUCAGAAAACGAGAGGGCUAGUCAGACGUUGUUGUUGUUGCUGUGGAUUGAUGAUAUGAAGUAAGAUAGUUCUCGACCAUAAUACGCAAGGCUAUGGGCAGAUAGUUCAGUCACGAAUUGACUGAUUCUCCCCUGGUGGCCAUUUUAAACUUGACUGGAAAAUUUGUAAUGACAGUGCGUAGGUCCGCAAGUGAGCUUACGUCAGUCAGUUUAACUUACUCUAUAGAAUGACAAAUCCUUUAUAAGCGAGAACAGAUCUCGUUGUUGAGUGAUAUGGCAAUAAUAAAUUUGUUCGUUGAACUGAGAUAUGGCACCUUUAAACUCGUCUGAUUCCUCUUUGCAGGUCAUCUUAGAGGGGGUUGUUGGUAGUGGAAUUUACGGAGACAUUGCCGUUGAUGAUCUAUCCUUACUUGGCGAAAAUACAUGUGACACCAUAACGGGGAAUGGUUAGUUUACCAUUACUAAACUUAGUUAAAUCCUACUAAACGUCUGGCCGUACGAAGAAAGCCUCAAUUAGGGCUUGAACCUAGUACAGUCGAACUUGAAAUAUGUUAAAUGGUAUGAUUUAUAGUACUAUUCACACUUUCGCAUUGCCCAUAGUACGCAGUGUUUGCCCCCACUCUCCAAUUUGUUCCUAACCAUUGGUACCAAUUUCUUCUGGGCAGGGCAAUAGUCCCUGAAAGAAAGAAAAGAAACCGAGAAGAAUAUGCGUGUGCAAGAUUUUGGGGACUAAACAGAGCGCAUUAUGAGCAGUGCAAAAAUGGUGAAUUCGCUGAAUUCUUAAGUAUCAUUUACUGACCUAGUGUCUUACAUCUAUAUUAUCUCCGGAGGCUUUGAGAAGGUCCUGGUCGUGAUAGAUUAAAACCACUUAAUAUGUUCGAAGACACGGGUUAAACGAAUGUGUUAACGUUACCGUUUUAUUUUCAACUGCUGUAUUUAACAGAGCUUCCCGGAUGUCUAUUUGAGCAGGAUCAUUGCGCUUGGGAGACGAGUGACAACUGGCGAAUGAGUAAACUUUCCCCCUUGAAAUUUUUGGAAGAGGAUUGGCAAAACACCCUUGGUACGUAUAUUGCCCCCUUGCGUUUUAAUUAACCAAAUUGAGCAUUUCCCUGUAAAUUCCUUAAAUGUGAUAUUCUGCAGGAGGAUUUACAUAUUUGCAAGGUUUUUCAUGGACUAACAAAGAAUCGGGAUGCUAUGGGACUUUGAAAAGUCGACACAUUUUGCCUGAAGAAGGUUGGAAUUGUAUGCAGCUCUGGUAUUAUCUUGAAACCAUCGGAUCUAGUUCUCUUAAGGUGUCUUUAAUAAUCAAUGAAACCAAAGCCAUUUUGUGGAGUUUAGUCUCUCAUCAAGAUCGCGAAAAAACUGGACAUUGGAUGUAUCUUCGCUUGCCAAUCGACUCUGGCUCAAGGCCAUACCAGGUGAAUACCAUAGCUAAA